UGAAAAACUCAAUAAAGAAUACUAUAUGGCAGACAAAAUACAUGUUCCUAAUUUGACCAAUUAAGUCUACCCAUGCUUUGAAAAGAAUAAGAAAAAUAGUAGCAAAUGAUACGCCGGCUUUUAGCCAUCUCCCUAACUUCAAACCAAAUUAAAUACCUAAGCUAUUUAAAAAGACUUCAACUUUUCAUUAUUCAACAUGCCCAUCCCUAAAUAAUAGAAUCAUUUCCCUUGUACCCUAUAAUCAUGUUUCUCUAUUUGUUAGCAAUCAUCCCUCUGUUUUUCCUUCUAAAGUUUGCAUCAAAAACCUCUCUACUUCACAUCCUCAAGAAAUGGUUGAGGUUAUUAAAAGAUAAAUGCUACGUGUACCAGUACUACAAGGUCCCUCAAUUCAACCACAACAUGCAAGAAAACCAACUCUAUCGACAAAUUAGCACGUACCUGAAUUCUUUACCCUGUCUUGAAGAUUCUAAUUUCACCAACCUUUUCUCGGGAAACAAAUCCAAUGAAAUCAACCUCGUUGUCGACGACACCAAUCAGUACAUCGUAGACAAUUUCCUCGGCGCCAGAGCUUGUUGGAUCAACGAAAAGGAUGACAAAACCGGUCUGAAUUCAUUUGUUCUGAAGAUAAGGAACAAGGAUAAACGUCGAAUCCUUCGUCCUUAUCUUCAACACAUUCACACGAAAUUUGAUGAAAUCGAGCAGAGGAGAAAUAAAGUGAGAUUAUUCAUCAACAUAAACAGACGGUGGAUAUCAGUGCCUUUUACUCAUCCGGCAACAUUUGACACGGUCGUAAUGGAACAGGAUCUCAAGAACAAAGUCAAAGCCGAUUUGGACACAUUCCUAAAGUCAAAACAGCAUUAUACUCGUAUCGGUAGAAUUUGGAAACGGAAUUAUUUACUGUACGGACCUUCUGGUACAGGAAAAUCAACGUUCAUUGCUGCAAUGGCAAAUUUCCUAAGCUACGACGUGUACGAGAUUAAUUUAUCAAAAGUAUCUAACAAUUCGGAUCUGAAGUCACUUCUGUUACAGACCAGGAACAAGUCGUUGAUUGUCAUAGAAGAUCUCGACAUUUACCUAUGCGACAAAUCAGCGGCUCUGAGUUCGUCUGCAAUUCUCAAUUUCAUGGACGGAAUAUUUUCGUGUUGUGGGGACGAGCGAGUUAUGAUAUUCACGAUGAACAACAAAGAUCAGAUAGAUCAGACGGUUCUAAGGCCUGGAAGAAUUGAUUUUCACAUACAUUUUCCUUUAUGUGAUUUCGAUGCUUUUAAGAGUCUAGCUACUAGUCAUUUGGGUUUGAAAGAUCACAAGCUUUUCCCACAAGUAGAGGAGGUUUUCCAAACCGGGUCGGUUUUGAGUCCGGCUGAGAUCAGUGAAAUUAUGAUUUCGAACCGAAGUUCGCCGAGUCGGGCGUUGAAGUUGGUGAUUUCAGCUCAUCAGAGUAAUAGUAAGCUCGUGCCAUCCAGAACAUCUGAUAAAAUUAGAACGAUACAGAGUAAUAUUGAGGCCAACAUGGCAACUAAGCCUCCACUAUGGUUGAGCAAAUCUAGAUCGGUUCGACCCGUAGAGGAAUCGGGUGUGCUUCCACAAGUAUUAAGCAAAUCUCAAUCGGUUCGACCCGUGAAUGAAUUGGGUGAUUCGUGUACAUUUGGCAAGGAAAGUGUGAACGAGCUUAGAAAGUUCUAUGGACUUAUAAGGAUAAGGAGUACUAGGAAAAAAUCUCUUGAUUUGGAUACCACAGAAAAAGAAAAUCCUCGGCAUAGUAGUUAGUAAGAACAUGUGUUUUUUUGUUCAAAUAGGUGACAUGAAUUUUACGUUUGGGGCUCCAAACAAUUAGUGGACCCUUUGUUAGAUAAUCCUUAGUUUCUUUAGUGUUUCAAUAGUGAAAGUAAAUUUAGAGUGAAACGUUCACAUGACUUUAUGUAUAUAGGAUUCAUUAUUAUCCUAUUAUUUGAUUCAAGUUUGGAAACUUACUGAUGGCUUUAUCCGA